UUCGGAAACUCUAUUCAAAAUUAUUAACAUUUUCCAGCAAAGCUAGCGAGAAUGGCUGAUAUGCAUGAGCUUAUUGUGACCAGCAUUAUAUUCCUUUAUCAGGUUUUCCUCAUUUUUAGAUCCAUACAUCCCCUGAAAAAGGAUGCCCUGCUGCUCAUCCUGCACAACUUUUUGCUGUACUAUGUGAUCAAUAUGUUCAAGCACCUGGCUCAAGAUACCAUUAACUCGGAUGGACCGGUGAACACCUUCUACUACGUUCCACUGGUUUUUGAAGAAAGCGUCGCCUUGGGAUCCCAUCAGAGUUGGCACGAGGUCCUGCGGUCAUCCAGCUGGCAGUUCUUUGAGGUCCUUUUCAGGCAUCAUUUGGCCCUGCUGUUGCCAUUUAAUUUGGCCCUCCUGGUGCCCCGCUGCAAGUUGGCCUUCAUUAGCACUUUGGUCCUGCUGUCCAACUUCGUGAUGUUCGUCUGUUUCUCCUCGGCCAUUUGUCAGCUGGUCCUGGCCCACAGCCACGCCCCCAGCCUGCGCCUUCUCACGAUCCUGGGUUUGGGCCCAGUUUGCCAGGCUCUCCUUGCCUGCCGCCUUUUGGCCCGAAUGUGGCUCAGUGAGUGGAUUGUUGUUUGAGGCAUGAAAUUUGAUUUGCCGGCACUGAUUGCUGGCCAAAAGCCACACACCCCCAUCUAUCCAUCUAUCCACCCAUCGUAAUCAGAGCCACCGAAGUUUAGCAACAGCAAAUCAAAGCA